CGCCGCGUCGUUCGCAUCGUUCAUGAGGGCAUUGCGAUCAGGCCUGCCCAGCGGAAGCCGCAACUGAGUGUUUCGAAAACAGGCAAAGCGAAUAAACGCGCCAAAAAUAAGAGCAGAAGUUGCCACCAAAAAUAAUCCCCAUAGUCGACUGCAACACGCCGCAACGCAACGCAUCGUCAAGCCAAGCGACGCAACGCCAGCAACAUCGACGCCAGCAACGCGACACAUCCAGAAAUUGAAAAUGGCCACGCAACAGACCAAGUCGCAGGACGAGCUGGCCUCCCAUAACGUGGUUUCCAAGCAGCCGGACAACAUCAAGGAGGAGAACGAGAAUGAGGAGGAGAUCGAUGAGGCCGCAGUGGUGGUCCCGCCGGACAGCGGCUGGGCCUGGGUGGUGAUGGUGGCCUCCUUUCUCUGCUGCACUGUGAUCGACGGCAUCGUCUUCUGCUCCGGCCUCAUGCAGCAGAACCUAAUGGAUGACUUCUCAGUAAGCAGGCCCUACGCGUCACUGGUCUCAUCGCUGCUCAGUGGAUGCUACCUGAUGGCCGGACCCUUUGUUAGUGCCCUGGCCAAUCGGUACGGCUUCCGGCCGGUCACGAUCACGGGAGCCAUCUUCGCUUCCGUGUGCUUUGGCCUUUCGUACUUCGCCCCCAGCGUGGAGGUGCUCUUACUGGUCUACGGCAUCCUCGGCGGCAUUGGCUUCUGCAUGGUCUACAUCCCGGCCGUGGUGAUCAUUGGCUUUUACUUUGAGAAGUGGCGUGCCCUGGCAACGGGUGUGGCCAUGUGCGGCUCCGGCGUGGGCACCUUUGUGUUCGCCCCACUGACCAAGAAGCUGUUGGAGAACGGCUGGCGAACCACGGUGGCCGUCCAGGCAGUCAUUGUGCUGUCCUGCGCGAUCUUCGGCCUCACCUUCCGACCCAUCCAGCCGAUCACGCUGUCGGUGACCAACGAGGAGGGCGACGAACAGGAGAAGACCAAGCUCAAUGGCCAUGGCAACACGGUAGCCCCCACGCCCCAGCUGCACCAGGCGGCCUUCACGAAGCCCCUGCCCGAGGGGCGGUUUGCCUACUCGAUGCCCAACUCUGCCCACAACACCUACAUGGGCGCUUCCCAGCGCAACCACUAUCCCACCGCCCAGGAGAUCUUCAAGGGCAUGAACCUCGAGCGUCGUCCCUCCGGCACCGCCCAGGGCAGCAAGGGCACGGAGCUUAAGCAGCUGAGGAAGUCGCAGCCCACCACGCCCAACGGGGACCCGCAGCAGCUGACCUUCAACCUGCACAAGGAGCUGACCACCGUGGGCGAGAACGAGGAGGAGGCCGAGAACGACAACCUGUUGGAGACGGAGGCCAAGCCAGUGACCAUCCAGGCGCGCCGACACACGGUCUCCGGACGCAGACCGCAGGACAUUGGCAAGCGAUCCGCUGCCGCCGCCCACGAGGCACACCACGGACAGACUCACUCCUCAUCUAGACCCAUGUACCGAGACGAUAUUUUCUUCUCCGGCUCGUUGACCAGGAUCCCCCAGUACCAGUCGCAAACCUCGCUGGCCUACCACAUGUCCGUGACCCGCCUGCCCACCAAGCAGGACAUGCUGGAGGAUCGCCAGAAGGGAUGCCGCAUCUGCCCGGAGGCAGUCCGCCGCACACUAUCCACCAUGCUGGACACCUCGUUGCUCAAGUCGCCCGCCUUCAUGUGCCUCUCCUUCAGCGGCUUCCUCACCAUGAUGGGCUUCUUUGUGCCCUUCUCCUUCCUGGUGAGUCGCGCCGUCAACGCGGGCAUGGACGAGGGAACAGCCCUUGGAGUGCUGUCCGGCAUUGGCGUGGUGAACACCAUCGCUAGGAUCGUGUGCGGAUCAAUCAGCUCCUUCCCCGCCAUUAAGCCCCUGUGGCUGAACAACUUCGCCCUGACCGCCGGCGGCAUCGCUACCAUCUUCAGCGGUGUGGUUAUCAACACCGCCUCCCAGUGGACCUUCGCCGUUUUCUUCGGCAUCUGCAUUGCCUGCUUCUCGGCCCUGCGAUCCCUGAUUGCCGUGGAUCUGAUAGGUCUGGAGAAGCUGACGAACGCCUAUGGAUUCCUUAUGUUGUUCCAGGGUGUGGCGGCCACCGUCGGCAGUCCGAUUGCAGGUAUCCUCUACGAAUGGACAGAAAGCUAUAACGCGGCCUUCUACUUCGCCGGCGGUCUGAUUCUGCUCUCGGCAUUUCUGUGCUACCCGCUCACCUGGGUCAGCCAGUGGGAGCAGCGUCGCAACGAGAAGCUCACCCCCCUGCCUGCGGCCUAGAGAGCCGCGAAGAUGAAGAUCGGAGCAAAGGAAGACCUGCCGGACAGCCUGAACACCUUGUCGUCGCAGCCACAUCGAUUUCGGAUGGCACAUUCGCUCUUUGGCAGCCCCGAUUGUCAAUCACUCAUGUCGAUGGAGACCCAUAUCCCGCUCCCGAUACCGAUUCCUAAUCCGGAGGGAAGCGAGUGCGGAAGCGUGUUCCGAGUACUUAAUACGUUAAGAUAAGACUAAUCGUAAUGUUGUGCCUUCAGCGAUAUCGAGAGCCUAUCACCACAAACAACACACACCAACCACACCACACCGUACCCCAAAGCGAGUGUAAAAUAUGUUUCUAUAAGCUUUAGUGGAGGAGCCCAGAGCUGGAGUAGAAUUUAGCAGAUAGGCUAAGCGGAGCAUCGGAUUGGAGAGGAGGAGAGAAGAACCGAACACAUUAUUAAUAUUAUUAUGAUAGCCGUAAGCAGCUGAGCACAUGGCUUUGGCUGGGCCACAAGUCGACUGCCAAGUUAGGAAUCGUUUGUUGAGUUAUGUAUUUAACAAGAUAGGGAACGAGCAUUUGUUUACCCCCUAAGAGUUAUGAUACUGCACCGUCUCGACGGACUUGUUACAUAGCUAGCUAGAUAUACGUUUAUCAAUCAAUCAACUGAAGACGCGGCCAGGCGCUCGGGCGGGGUUAAUGCACCCGUCUUCACCGUGGGAUUAGCCGAUCGUGGACGAAACGAAACAAAUAAACAAUCGGCCACGCGAUGAGGCAUCUGGUGCAAGUGCUGUGCUCUUAUGCAAACAGAUUUAUAUAUAUUAUUACACGAUACAAAUACAGAAAAACAAAACACACGGACCGCUACAUACUCAGCACGUUGGGUGCGUUUCGCGUUUACGUUUAUCAACUACAAUUACAUUAAAACAGAUUGAAUGAACGAUUUAUAUUACAUUUAAAUUAAUGAGUUUACAUUGCAUUGCAUGCGACAUAAGGUUACACUUCAUCAACAAUAAAGACGAUUUCAAUAAUACGAACUAA